GCUACCCUGUUUUCGUGGAGGCGUAGUCCGACAUGCUGCACUCACGUAUAUAAGGACGGGCCCAUCGUCGCUGUAGGUCAUCAUUCCCCAACCCAUCUCACUGUACUUCGCAGUAGACGCGUAUUUGGCUAUGAAUCCCUUCCGCGUUAACGACAGAGUCUGGUACUGGGACGGCGCGUCACGCACCGUGUUCGGUACGGUCGUCGCCAUAGAGCGUCUUGCAGAUGGCACCCAGCUCUUGGUUAUCCAACGCGACUCCGGCGGCAGAGUCAGCUUGCCGGCCGACACCGUCACGAAAGUCAACUGGUCUUGAGUCGUUCGCCGACCGAGUCCUUCACUCCCAUUCAUUCACGACCCACUAUACCAUCAUCCUACACUGAUACCGAACUUUUAAUGUAUCGUUACCCUCCCGACC